AUGAAUCAGCACUACACAAGUCCGGCUUAUCGCUCAGAAAACAGGGGAUUUAAUUCUUCCAAUGUGAAAAAACAACAGAACGCAAGGGAUGUCUUCAUUCCACCCUCAAAAGCCCUACUAGAUCCCCUCCCAAGUCGGCCGACACCUGAUAAUCCCGACCAGCGGGUAAUUGGCCGCAUAGAUCGACCGGCAUUGAAACUUUACUUGCACAUUCUCGCUAGCAGUGACUCAGGAGACAGAUCGGAUGAUGCAAUAGCACAGUCGGUGUCCAGUUCAACUCAGCCACCAAAAAACUAUCGUGGAAAGCUGCUAAAAAAGAGGUCUGCACGAAAAUUGGGAGAGAAAGUGGUCACCCCCUCAAAACAUCCACAAUCAGAUAGAACGGAACUUCAGGAUAGCUUUGACGAUGGCAGUGUCGAAUCGGACGGUUCCGAAUUCAACAAAAUUCUCGAAUGUGGUCUGAAUGAAGAGAUACGUUACGGCCUGGUAGAACGCAGGCUGACUCUUGCCGACUUUCGUCCCUUGGAGGCUCCUUUCGUGCCGGAACUGAUAAAAAUGCUGGUGAAUUCCACCGAGGCGGACUGUCAUGCCUCUGACUGGGAGCCGAUAUUCGCAACGUACCAAAACCUCCGUGAGACAGCUGACAUGCAUGCCUGUCUCCUUCUGCAGAACUGGAACCACCAGAAUCACCUGAAACGCCAAAUUACAGCUCUCUCCUUACCCAUGAAGAUAGCUGUCCUGCGAAGUAUACUGUCGGGGUUUAAGCAAAAACCCCUGCAUUUCAGUCGACGUCUGCUGAUGGAUAUAAUUCAGAGGCCGCUGUUCGAUCAGUUUCUCCGUCCCAAUCCAAAUAUGAAGUCUAUCGUCAAACACACAGCCCUGCCCUGUAAUCGCACCACCAUGGACACCUUAGCCUUCCUAAUGCUCCACCUGCUUCAUGCCUGGGAGUAUGCAUCCAAUCCACUGACAGCAAAGUUGAGGCUUGCAAAAAUUUACGGUCCCCUGUUGGUGAGCUUUGCUGAACGACCAGUAGUGUUGGAUCAAGAUCCGAGUGACUACAAAACCGAAGAGGGCGCCAUUUUGGAGGUGGUUCUCGAGGUAUGCAACGGUCAGUUCUGGGAUAAUCUGAGUAUGCUGCAGCUAAGACGCGCCUUCACAAGCAGGACCAGACUAGAGAGGACCCGAUCGAAAAAGGGGAAGCUAGAUCUCGGAGAGGACGAUUUCGGAGACAGGCCCGAAAGCCGUUUGGAUGAAUUUGAGGAUUCAGACUAUGAAAAUGAAGCCUGGUUCUCCUAUCUCUUCCCAAAACCAAAAAGCGUCGCUAAGGAAGAAAGCAAGAUGGACGGAGAGCCAGCCAAAGCUACAACUCAGUAA